UGGGGACGAUGAGCCGAGUGGGAAUUUCCCUCGUCCAAGCUUGUGGGAGGAUGUGUAGCUCUUAUUAGGUUGGUUGCGAGAAACGACUCAAACUAACAUCAGAGAUAGGGACUAUGGAUUUACCAGUAAUUGUUAAAAUUGAACCAGCGCGGGUUAGCAGCAACUCGAUUUGCCUAGUCCCUCGGACUCUAUCUUCAACCUUAAACCAUCGUCCGAAAUAACAUUCGCCGAGAACGAUAGGGUAGGCAACGCGACCUUAAAUAUAUCGAUCGAUAACCUUUUCUCCGAUGUGAUGGUAGAAUAGAUGAACUCUAUGUGUGCCGUGUCGAAAUGGCACACGCCAUAUUCUUCCACUUAGCGCACCCCGUGGGCGGUCCCUGACAUUUCCUUCCUCUCUCCUCUCCGUUUCUCCUCCCGGGUUGCCCUUCCUAAUUUCGAGGUCAUUUAUGUAAUAAUCUACUAAGCGACAAGCGAUCGGGUAGCAUAUACGAUAUGGCCUCACUCCUAUUUUAUCGGAAUGAGGUUCCAUCGUCAACGACACCGCCACCCCUAGCCGGUACCGUCAUCGGUGUGAUAUUGUUUACCAGCGCCAUCUCUAUCCUAUCGUGGUUCCUCACACAGAGGUCCCUUGCCGUGAAGACUUGGUGGCAUCUCCCGUCCGUCGCGUGGUUGGUUUUUACCCUCUAUGUUGAUUCGUGGACGUUCGUGUUCGCGACGGGUAUCAUCAACUAUGGCAUAGGCAUCGACAUGAAUGAGGGCGUCUGCUCAGCUGCCAUCCUCUCCUAUCUCUUCUGCUAUAUGUCCACCAAAGUUUUGAUAUACAUAUUUCUUAUUGAAAAAGAGUUCAUCAUCCGAGGUGGUCCUAAAAGGAGACUUGAAUCCAAACUGUAUCUUUUCAACUCGUUCGGAGUACUAACCGUGCAUGGAAUAAUUUCCAUCUUAAAUUUCGUCUAUCGUUCUGCGCGCCUGGAAGACGGACGGUGUAUCAUCGGAAUAGGGAGGCAAGGUCUCAUUCCUCUCAUAACUCUUGAUAUUGUGGUAAUUGUCUACCUCACGAUCCUAUUCCUAAACCCCUUACGAGGUGUAAACGGGUUUCAAAACAUAUCCAACGCCCCAUCCAGCCCUAGACUACGUAAUGUAGCUAUGCGGACUUUCAUCGGUGCUCUAUGCACGACUACUUCGACCGUAAUAAAUCUUAUAGUCCUCAUGGUCCUCGACGGCGAGCCGGGAUGGGUAUUCCUCACUUGUUGCAAUGCAGAUAUCCUCUUCUCCGCCCUCGUAAUCCAAUGGACCACGCGCCACGACCCCUGGAACACGAACGCCAACACCUCACCAUCCUUCAGCUCCCACGACAAGCACACCUCAUACCGCCCGCCCGCACCUCCAGCACCAACUCCCCUUCCCCGCCGCAACACCAAAAAACUCGCGAUAUCGCUCCCCUUAAAAACAACCAGCACCUCUCAAUACGAGCACAUCUUCGGGGACCCCGACCCACCAGACGCGCCCUCAACCAGCGCAACCAGCCACAAGCACGAGUCCACAUCCCUCGACGAGCCCACAGACUCCACAAUCCUAACCCCGAUCCCGAAACCGAUCCCGGUAGAAAUCAACCUCGGCAGAAAGACGCCCUCGAACCCCCCAAGCCCAACCCCAAGCCGAAACCCAAGCCGAAACCCAAGUCGCACCACCAGCCGAAACCGCAGCCAAAGCCGCAAACCCAGCAAAGACAAAGACAAAGCUCCAGACCGGUCCUGGCUAAGCACCCUAACCCGGACACACACGCACACGCAAGCACAAAUAACCGACCUCGACCUCGUCCCGGCACCCCUCUCCCCAACCAAACCAAUCUCGCCCCCACCCCCAGCAACCCCUUCCUCCGUCUCCGCAGCCGUAGCCGCGGACCUCGAGCGAAUCCGACGAUACCGGGACCGACGAGCGCCGACCUCCCCUCCCCCACCCGCAGUCCCGGCGUUAACAUUCGCUUCGCCCAGCUCACCUACAUCUCCGCCGCCGCCGCCGCUCCCGCGCACGCCCACAUCGCCGGGGACGACGACGAGGAUAUCGCGAACCGUAUCGCGGACACGGGGGCCGGGAUCGGUGUCGCGGUACCGGAUUAGCGAGUUAGCGUUUGAAGGGGACGAGGAGGAACUGCCGUGGCACAAUUUAGUGGUGAUGGAGGAUGGGGACGGGGCCGAUUCGGGGGGUUGGAUUUGAUGUUUUUAUCGGGGUUGAUUGUUUUUGAUUAAGCUCAGUAUAUAGGUAUUGUCAGUAAAGGAAUAGUGAAAGAGGAGUAAGGGAAAUAGAAUGGGUCGGAAUAAGAAUUAAAUGUACCUGCUUGUGGUAAUGUUUAAUGAUGAGCAUAUCGUUUGUGUUGAAUUGGAAAAGUGUCUGGAAAAUACUAGUUUUAGGUCUAUGAUGUACUCCUUAUCAUUUACCGCUUCAUGUAUCGGAUACUUCAUAUGGAUACAGGACACAUCGUGAUCAUUUCACAUUGCUUGAUGACUUAAAAGGUUAAUCACUUAGUUUGAC